AUGGGCGGUCUCUUGUUAUCGGACACUUACGAGUUCCACAAACCUAGCACCAAUGACAUGAACAUCGCCAGCAUCGCUUGGGGUUUCUCCCUCGGCGUGUCCAUCUUCAGUGGCACUAAAGCUAUUCGCCAGACAGUCCAGUCGUGGAAACGAGGAACCAGGACGAACAUCUAUCUUAUUCUGCUUUGGAUGGAAUGGUUGAGUAGUGUGAUUAUGAGCGCUAUUACGUGGUGUUACCUGCGACAGUAUAUACCACCUGGAUUUCCUGUCUUUUUCGUCAUUGUUUUCCUCUGGGCUAUCCAGAUUCAAACGCUGCUUCAGAUCAUCAUCAACCGAAUCUCGAUCCUUAUGGUUAACCGGAACAAUGCCAAGAGACUUAAGCUGGUUACCUUCCUCGUCCUACUCGUUAUCAACAUCAGCGUUUUUUGCGUGUGGAUUCCUGCUCGACUACAAAUCAGUCAACAGUUCAUCAGCGUCAAUGCUAUCUGGGAUAGGGUCGAGAAGGGAAUCUUCCUAGUCGUUGAUGCAGGAUUAAACUUUUACUUUAUCCACCUCGUUCGCUCGCGACUUAUCGCCAAUGGCUUGACAAAGUACACUCGUCUUUACCGUGUUAACUUGGUUAUGAUUGGUAUAUCGAUGACCAUGGAUGUUCUUCUCAUCGCAAUGAUGUCGCUCCCCAACGAUAUUGUCUACCUCCAGUUCCAUCCGCUCGCUUACCUCGUCAAGCUCCAUAUCGAAAUGAACAUGGCCGAAUUGAUCACAAAGGUCGUGAAAGCGAGUAACCCCAGCGGCUACGACUACUCCGGUUCACGAUCUGGUGGAAAGAGCGGCGCCAAGACUGCGACCAACAAGCGAGCAACAUCAAUGUUCCCCGGUGGUAAUCUUACGUACAUCGAAGCUGGCGAGAACAUCGAGUUGCCAGAGCGUAAAGAAGAUGGGAUCAAAGUGUCGAGGACGUUCCAGACGACGCAAGUUGAGACUGUCAAGCCGGAUCGGGAUCGUACAGAUUAUGAUGAUCUUGGCAGUGAGUCGAGCUCCACACGGAACCUGAAGGAGGAGCCUUUCCCUCUUUAG